CCGGGAAACCUACAACGCACUUACUAAUUGGUUGACGGAUGCACGAAUGUUAGCAAGUCAGAAUAUUGUGAUAAUACUGUGUGGAAACAAAAAGGAUCUCGAUGCAGAUCGUGAAGUCACUUUUUUAGAAGCAUCCCGGUUUGCACAAGAAAAUGAGCUGAUGUUCUUGGAAACAAGUGCACUAACAGGGGAAAAUGUUGAAGAGGCCUUUGUACAGUGUGCAAGAAAAAUACUCAAUAAAAUUGAAUCAGGAGAAUUGGAUCCAGAAAGAAUGGGCUCAGGUAUUCAGUAUGGAGAUGCUGCCUUGAGACAGCUGAGAUCACCACGUAGAGCACAAGCACAAAGUGCUCAAGAAUGUGGGUGUUAAAGAAACAAAACACAAAAUUCCGAAUACUCCCUUUAGAUACAGAAGCUGUCCUUGCAAAUGGUGAAGAAACAGACAAAGCUUGAAGGCUGUGCAGUUUUUAAAAACAUCUUUCCACUAUCUACAAGCAGAGCAGGCCACUGCUGACAGAAAGGUGUACCCUGUGGAAUGGAGCAGGAACGUUCAUGUGACACAAAGUUUGCAAAGCAAACUUGAUAACUUGGUGGGCAAUAUUAAGACUCAUCUGUAUGUAAACAUUUUCCAUUACCUGUUUUUGUUCUUUCACCUCUAGUUUAAAGCAUUGCUAUAUACUGUAAAUAAUGUAACAGUAAAUUUACAAAGCAUGACAGUAUGCUGAUAGAAUGUUGCACUACAAGCAGUUUAAUAUUUUAUUUUUUUAUCAUAUAAACAAACUUAACUGAGGUAGGUUUUGUCAUGUUUGUU